UCCUUCAGUGAUAUGGAUUACGUAAAAAAGAAUAUACAAAUCAGGAAAUCCGUAUCCUUGAAGAAUCCGGAUUAUAUCCGCACUAUAAAUACAGGAUACCUGAGGCGAUUUAUCUCACAAAUCCAUUCAAGCAAACCUAAGAAUUCUCUUUCAGUGCUCUCUCUUUACGCACCAGCUUUCUUGCAACCCAUAUUCAUUGUCUUCCGAGCGAUCAUGGCUAAUCUCAGGAAAACAAUACUGGCGGUUUCUUUCUUGGCGACGGCUCUUUGCGGAGUCUCCAUGGCUACAGUUUACCAAGUUGGUGACUCUGCUGGUUGGACAAGCAUGGGUCAAGUUGAUUACCAAGAUUGGGCUGCCAACAAGAAUUUUCACGGUGGUGAUUCUCUUGUCUUCAACUACAACAACCAAUUCCACAACGUGAAGCAAGUGACGCAUCAGGAUUUCGAGUCAUGCAAUGCAACAUCACCAAUAGCUACUUACACCAACGGCUCCGACACUGUCACUCUUGAAAAGCUUGGCCACUUCUACUUCAUAUGUGGUUACCCUGGUCACUGCCAAGCAGGACAAAAGAUUGAUAUCCUGGUUACUCCGGCAACUUCAAAAUUGAGUCCUGCUCCGUUAUCUCAGAUCUCACCUAGUAGUGCUUCAACUCUUUCUUCUAGUAAUCUUUCUUGGGCUUCGGGUGUGCUACUUGCAAUCUGUCUCUCGGGAUUUUGCUAUUAG